CAAAGGUGAGAGAGAACCCGCACGAAGUGGGGCCCACGAAUGUCGAUGCAAGUCAACACCGAGUUUCUGCUCGCGCUGCUCGCAUCAGUCCAACAGUCCACAACAACCAAGCAACUCGUUCGCACGCACUCGCCACGAAACUUUUUCACGCGGUGUGCUUAUUUACAACAACACGCGCGCGCACACCCAACUAAAGUUUUUUACCAAACAAUAACAAGUGCAUCGCGCAAUGUCGCACGCGAAUUUUUACAGCAGUCGACCCGGUAGUUACUACGACAAUUACGGUGGCGAUAAAGACAAUACAUACGACGGUUACGAGGAUGAUAAAUACGAUCAAUUACGAAACGAGCUGCUGGGCUUCGAAAGGACUAAAAGUCCCACGCAAACCAUUUCCUUAUUGACAACGGUGCCGCAGAACAUCACACCGGCAAACAUUGCAGGCCGACAUGCGCCUACCAGACACAGUUUGAGACACAGCAGGAUGAUCGUCAUGAAUCGCCUCAAUACAGUUCCCACCAAAACCACGCCUCCCAUGAUACGGUUUCACAAGCUAGCCAAGGUCCUUGUCGCAUUGCAAUUCGUACUUGGGAUAUGUGUUUGUGCCAUUGCCUUCUGGAUCUACCUCUUCGCGCCCAACAUCAAUGAGAGAGACAUUCCCUACUGGUCUGGAAUUCCGUUGGUCAUCUCAGGGUUAAUUGGCUUUCUUUUGCUUUUCUGUACGCGGCGAAGACCAAAGAAUGCUUUUGCUCAUUCCAUCAAGAUUCUCAGCGUAUUUUUAAGCACUGUAGCAGGUGUCAUCAGUCUUAUUGCAAGUGUAUUCGCCUGCAUCCACCUGAUGGGCUUGCUGUUCAUGGCAUGUGAACCGCAAGUCCAUCUGAACAACACCUGCUUGUGCACGCUGUCCAAUUCGACCAGCUUGCCGGCGUUCAUCGAACAGCAGCACCACUACGCCGAUCUGCAGUGUCAUGAGCUGAACAAUUUCUUCGUCUUCCUCAUGAUUGGUUCCUGCGGCGCUAAUCUAAUCGGUGCGCUCGUUGCACUUUGGUAUGUCUACCUGCACUGGUCCAGCCGUUAUCUCUAUGCGUACACGAAAGUGCAGACGAAUGCUGCGAAAGAAUCGCAGGGGACAAACGGUACAAAUCCACACUGAUCUGCUACGUCAAGCAAUUACCAACUUUUUCUCUUAGUAAACCAAAGCAUUCAUUUUUAUAAAAGAAUAAUUUUGAAACAAGCGACUUAAACAUAGACAUACUUGUAAAUAUACUUUUACUGUGUUUAUCAUAAUAUAUUUAUUUUAAUAUACUUAUAACGUAGGCAUAAUUUCAUACCAAAGUUAAAUAGGUAAACUUUGUAACAUUGCAAUAAAUCUCAGACUUAAAAAAUUGGGUGCAUACUUGUUUGCAAUACUAAAACAAGUAUAACUAUGGUACAAAUCAAUCCAAUAAAUACAUAUUUGUAAAUAUA